AUGGCCACAAUCCUCACUGGGAAACAUUCACACAUUCCAGCGAUGCGGCGCUUAUCCGAACCGCGAACAGCCGACGUUGUGCUCUUUGAACUCGGUGCUGUCGACGUCCGGCAGCCACCGCCCGCCAGCCAUGCCGCCGGAGGCGGCCUCGGCGGCCGGAGCCCUGAAGGUGGCAACGAUAAGGAAAGCUGCGUAUUUUGUUUGAUUGUUCGGGGCGAGUCGCCCGCCUUCAAACUUUAUGAAGAUGAUGUUUGUAUAUGCAUUUUGGAUUCCAACCCACUAAGUUUUGGACACUCCCUAAUUAUUCCUAAAUUGCAUUUUCCUUCAUUACAAGCUACUCCACCUUUGGUAGUAUCAGCCAUGUGUUCUACUGUUCCAUUUCUUACAAAAGCGAUCAUGAAAGCUACACAAUGUGAUUCAUUCAACUUGCUGGUCAACAAUGGAACAGCUGCAGGCCAAGUAAUUUUUCAUACUCACUUCCACAUAAUUCCUCGUAGAGCAGGUGACCAGCUAUGGCCUUCUGAGGGCCAGAGGCAGCCGAUUAAACAGAAUCAGGAAACUUUGAGUCUUGUGAGUCGCAUUCGAGAGAAAAUCUCGACUGAGCCUGUUGCUUGUUGCAGCAGUAUUGAAUCUCAGCUCCAUAAGAAUUUGCAGGAUUGAGUUGCUCUAUUUCUGUAUAUCUUAUUUUGUACAUGAUUUUUGCAUUUGAUUAUUUUGAAAGAUUUUUGGUUUAUGAUGUUAAUGUUGGUCUUGGUUGUCUGUAAGCCUGUAAAGACAAGAUGGGGAUGAUGAGUUCUCUUAAGAACAAUAAUGUAAAGUUUUGAAU